UCACUGCCCACAUGAUCAAUCAAAGGAAAUGUCUACAAAAUGUGACUAUCAGUACAGGACAUUCUAGUCACUGAAGAGGUCAAGUUCUGUUAUACAUUUUUGCAGAUGCAAUUAUAAGAUAUGCUGUUUGCUACACACUACCCCCUUUUUCGGAAACUGUCAUGUUUGUGGAUUGUUGCAAUCGUGACAUUUGGCUUUUGUGGUGCUCGACGAUCAUACUGGAGUGAUAAACCAUGGAUCAAUGUCAAUUCUUCUGAUAUCGAGGAUGGAGAGUGGGUGAAGGUGCUUUGUGGAGUUCCCAUUGAUUACACUGGAGGCUUUUGUCGCCUCUACAGAGAUGAGUCCAAGGUCCCUUUAAAAACGCUUCAGACUCAGUCCUAUGUUUGCGAAUUCCUUCUGUCCUCACGUGAACUCUUGGCUGGGAGACCAGCCGGGACCAGAACGGCAGUUCGAUGUGACUACACUCUGCAAAACUAUGUGUCCGUGCCGAGCGACAGUUCAGCAGUGGUGGUGUGGGGCACCGCUGAAAAGCCAGAGCUGAAAAUGAGUCCACAGGUGGUAAUGCUUGAUGGCAAGGUCCGGGUGAACUGCGAAGCCCCUCGAUACAAAGCUUCUGAAUGUAUGGUAUACAGGGACGCGAUUCAAGUGGCUCAGACACCAUGCAGCCAUUGGAUAACGGGGGAAAAACUGAUGUUGUGGGAGCCCGUCUCCUUAUUCAACGAGAUCUCUGUGACUUGCGAAUACAAAAGGGAAGGAUGGGAUUACAUUCGAUCGGAUAGGAGCAAUCCCACAAAGAUAUUGGUAGUGGAUCCCACAAGGUUGCAGAUUUCUACAAACCAAACAAAUGCCACAUUUGUCUGUGACGUCCCAGCCCGUGUUCAGGACUUUGUGUUCUUGCACACUGGUGGUAGGACGCUCAAUCUGGAGAUGGGUGGCAAACUCAUGCUUGAAGCCAUAAAUAACAGCACAAGCCCAUUUAAUCAGACAUGUCGAAGCAUUUGAACAGUAUAUGAUUUGCUUUACACACUAGCAUUUGCCAGUAAAUGAAUAAACCAUAACUCAUAUAUUAGGUAGUCAGUUCAUUUAAAGUGGCUGGCAUGCUAUUGCCAGCCUGAGGAACACAGGAUAUUUCUGGGUAAAGGUUUGCAAAAGCAAUGCAAUUGAGGGAAUUGUACCAAUUUCAGUUUGUCAGCUUAUUGAUAGGAAAUCUCCACAAUCCCAACAAAUAACCUUUAAACAAGGUUUUCAAGUGGAAUCGCUCUGGAAAAUGUCAAUCCACAUAAAGGGAUACGUUCUUGGUUGUGUUACCACUGUGGGUAAUUGUGACUUUGGAGAAAAUAAACAGUUUGAAAUUUUGA